UAACAGUAAUAAUUAUCAUAUAGUGAAUGGAAACUUUUUUUUCUGGUUGUAUUUUUAUCUCCACAGUGCGGUGCUGGAAAAGUUUGAAAACAUUCCUUGAAAAUGCUUCAGUUUUACUGUUACUGUCCCAAAUAACUAGAAUGUGUUGCAUUUUAUUUCUUAGGUGACACAGUGGGAGAUUUACACACUUUUCUAUGAAUAAGGAAAACAUAUUGUCUAUAACUUCAAAUUAAGUUUUGUCUAAAUUUAAACAGAUGCUCAGGAUGUCACUACUUUAUUUAUAAAUGCACUGCAGUCUAUUUUGUCACACUUUCCUUUUUAAAUGAACUUUACAAAUAAAAUAAACCCAUAUUUUUAAUUUUUUAUUAAAGGUCAGGAUUUAUAAGCCAGAAACAUUGAAUUUGAUCCAAGUAAACCUCAGUAAGAACCGACCUCAUGUUAUUGGUGCUUUGCAGAAAACAGACACCUUUUGGGUCAUUUGCCUGCUCUUCCAAAGCUUCAGGGCUAAAUGGUUUUGUCGUUUAGGUCUGCAGGUAAAUCUGUCCUUCAUUUGCCAGAAGUCAAAUGUUUUCUAGGUCUGCAGGAUUAAGGUGGGUGUGAUGGCUGCGUUUAAAUCUCUAUAGUGAGUGUCGUAAAUAAAACACGAGACGGGAAGAAGCUGCUAGAUCCUCAACUGGAAGAAUCGGGGCAGGUUUCUGAAAACAGAGUUUGAAGAUGAAGAGCAGCCUCUGUGACCCUUUGAUUCUCCUCCUCCUCCUCGGCAGCAGCGGUGUUGUAGACGGCCUGGGAUCUGUGGUGGUCAUUUCAUACAAUCACAUUAUAUAUCCUUUAACCUGGGAGAAUGCCCAAAGCUACUGCAGGAGUGAAUUCACUGACCUGGCCACCUUCUAUUCACUGUCGGAUGUAAACGCUAUCAGCUUUACUUGGUAUUACUCCUGGAUCGGUCUGCACAAAGAGACGACUCCGUCAUACAGCAAGUGGGUCUGGUCUGACUAUCAAACCCACUAUGUCAACUGGCAAGACCACAAGGAUAACGCCGUGGGAAACUGUGCUUUUAUCACAUACAACGACGAAAAGGUCUACGUCGGAGACUGUGGAAACCGUCUGUUCUUCACCUGUCGGACGCCUGUUGCGAGUUACGUCUUUAAACCCGAGGCAAAGAAUUGGUCAGAAGCGUCGGAGUACUGCAGGUCAAACAAUUAUGACCUGGUCAGUUUCUCCAGCAACAUGUUUCACAACAUCUUCUUUGACCAGGAGAUUCCCACCUGGAUCGGUCUGCACAGAGACGGAGCAUCGUGGAAAUGGAGCUGGGGAGACUCCGAAUAUACUAACUGGUUGGAAGGAGAUCUGAGUGUCGGCAGUGGCUGCGGCUCGCUCUCCUCAAUGAAGAAGAAGACGGCGCCCCAAAGCUGUGAUACUCUUCUCCCGUCCCUCUGCAUCGCAGACAAUCUGGUCCUGGUGAAGGAGAAGAGGAGCUGGGAGGAGGCGCUGGAGCACUGCAGAGGCCUCCGCUCCUCCAGCAACAGCAACCGGCGCUACGACCUGCUCAGCCUGCAGCCUGCAGACAAUCAGGACUUCAUCAAGACUAAGGUCAUGCAGGCCGACACCGAGGAGGUUUGGACCGGCCUGCGUUUCCUGGCUGGUGAUUGGCUGUGGGUGAACGGAGCAGACAUGUUGUACACCAAUCUGCCCUUCUGCCCCGCCCCGGGGCAACACUGUGGGAUCCUGUCCAAAAGCAACAGCAACAUGGAGACCAGGGAUUGUUCAGAGGGAAAAAACUUCCUGUGUUACAGUUACACACCUGUGGUCUAAAAAAAGGUCUUUAGAAAAAUCUGUUUCCUCUGACAGAAACAGAUAUUAAAGUUUAGCAAAUACCACAGAUUAUCUGUUACAUUUAGUUUACUUAAUACGCAUAAAUAUUUAAUCAGCUUUUAUUCAUCUUUGUUAUUUGGCCAUGUUUUACUAUUUCCUGUGUUUUAUAACUAUAAUGCACCACAUUUCUGGCCUUAAUUUCAAAAGCCACACCCAGGCCUGAUUUAAAGUCAGACAUUUUCAAUCAAGAAAUUACUAAAAUGGGACCAUCCUGACAACAUGAAGUAGACCAAAGGAUCUGAAAAAGCAUCGGUUCAAGUCGUCAGUCGGUCUGGAAAGGGUUUCUGCCGUUUCUAAGACUUUGUGACUCAGGAGAAACAAAGAUGGAGAAAAUAAGGAAACGGUGGAGAAGUUACUGCAACGUCGACUCAUCUGGAGGCCACAGCGAUUCAGAGCAACUUCUAGAGAUUUCUUUGGCUUCAGGAAGUUCAUGAUUCAGCAAUAAGGGAGAGAGAGAGAGAAAGACUGGCUGGAUUAAAAGUCCACUGCUAAGAUUUUAUCUCUAAAAUCUGAAGUUGGGAUUGUUACUUUGUUACUUGAGCCAUUUGAGCCACAAUUGUAAUUUACUUAAGGUGUCAGCUCAGUUGUUUCUGAAAAAAAUUACUUUUUGAAUUAUUGUAUAUAGUUAGCAAGAUUUUGCUGAUUGAAAUUAUAAAACCUUUGUAACUUUUACCAUUAUUGCAAUAAAGUUGUAAAUAAUUGUGAAUUUCUUCUAUAUUGUCCAAGCAGACACAUCAAACUUUGGCUGAAAAUUGUAUCAGAAUUUUCAGAAAAUGUCUGAAGUCAUUUUGAGUGUCACAAAAAAUAUUUGUACACGUGUUCAACUGAGAUUCUUUUGUAGAAAUUACAAUAAAGCAAU